AUGGACAGAGCACAUAGUCUUGACUGUGAAGAUGAAGAAGAUGAGAUAAUUUUGGAUGUUGAAUUUUCCUUUUCUCAAGCUAAAAUUGGCGAUUGUAUCUUCGAUCUUGGAGAUUGUGCUUACAUAGAGGGUGAUGAAGGACAAAAGCAUGUGGGAAGGAUCAUAGAAUUUUUCAAGACAGCUGAUGGAGAAAAAUAUUUCAGAGUCCAGUGGUUUUAUAAAGUUGAAGAUACGGUUAUCAAAGAAGCAGGGACUUCUCAUGACAAGAGGCGUUUAUUCUAUUCUACUGUAAUGAACGAUAAUUUGAUAGAUUGCAUUAUUUCAAAAGUCAAUGUUACACAUAUAUCCCCUAAGGUAGGGUUAAAAGUGAACUCCAUUUCGCGGUCUGACUUCUACUAUGAUAUGGAAUACUGUGUGGACUAUUCCACAUUUCGCUCCUUCAUCUCUGGUUAG